CCAUAUAACCUUAUGAGUUAUGAGUCUUCUACCCCCUUGCUACACUUGUGACCUUAUUUUGUACCUAAUUCGCAUGUAUCAUCUAAAGCACCCUAAAAUCACAUCAAAUUCAAAUAGGAACGAAAUAGGGAUGCAAUUGACGAUGUUCAAGCAAUUAUGCACAUGAAUUUGCAUGAAAAAACCUUAAUAUGAAGGGUAAAUAACACCAAUUUAGGUGUUAUCAGUUCAAUUCGAUUAACCACUAACCAAUAUAGUGGUUAGCCAUUAACUAAUAAGCAAAAAAUCAUUACCGAUGACCAAACCGAUAAGCUUUAUCAGUUAAUCGUCUUUUAUCGGUUUAGUUAGCGUUUAGUUUGGCGGUUAACCAAAUCCAAAUUUCAUAAGAAAUAAUAUCAAUACAACAUUCAUCGUAAUUCAUAAUUUAAAUCCAAAUUUCAAUACAUCAUAUAAGCAAUAAUCAAACUUAUUUAUCCAAUUAGAGAGUACCAACUACCAAGACAUCCAACACAAGGAUCACAUUAUCAUUCACAAACAACAAAGAAAAAUAUCACUGGGGUGUGAGGUUUGCUCUGUCAACUGCAAAGGGGAGUUAGAGAGGGGUGACUUUCGGGUUAUGAAUUUUAAUCACAUUUGGGACUCUUGGUGGAUGAUUGUUUGCAAUAGGUGGGAACUGGAUAUUUGGAAUUGCGACUUUGGUUGUGAAGACUUGAUAUAUACACAUGUUUUUCUCCACCAUUCUUGUACCGUUUGAGUUUUAUUUCUCGUGUUUUAGGCCGAUUUCACGCUAGGUUGUUCUUGCUUGUGAUAUUUCAGGUUCUAGUACGUGAAUGAAGGUUUGGUAGUGAGUUCGGGGUCGAUUGGACGAAGAUUGGACGUUUGGCGAGAAGCUGAGAAGCCACAACGGGCACGCCUAAAAACCCACACGGUCGUGUGACCUGGCCGUGUGGCACCAAAUUGCACGGGCAAGCCACACUGGCCGUGUAGGGGGACCCCUUGUGGCCGUGUGGAAAGUCCAGGGAGCUCACACUAGAAGCCUGAAAAUCCACACGGCCGUGUGGUUUUGGCCGUGUAGCGUACCUGAAGCCACUUAAGUGAAACGCGGCGUUUUGCACACUCAUACGGGCAGCUGGGAAAGCCACACGGUCGUGUGGCCUGGCCGUGUGAUCGGGAAUUUCUGGGUUUUAACCCAAUUUCGAGCCAAAGGAGAGAAGAAUAGACUUUUUGGAUAAAAAACAGAGUUUUAGAGAGAGAAAGUGCGAAGAACAAACCCUAGGAGCUAUUUGGAGUGGAUUUCUCAACAUUGAAGCCCAGAUUGCAUCCCCAGGAGUGAAGAUUGACAUCCCAUAGCAGAUUCUUCCCAUUGUUAUGAGUAUGACUGCUUUGUAUUCUGUUUCCCUCUCUCUCUCUCUCUCUCUCUCUCUAUGGAGUAUAACUCUCUCUCACUUGGGUAUGAAGAACCCUAGUUCCAUGUGUUAGGAAUCUUGAUUGUAAUUAUGUUUGGAUUGUGAUAUUGCUUUAUUAUAAUCGAUUGAAGUGUUUUGAUUGAGUCAAUUGAAGUCUGAUUAUUUUUUAUUGAUUGGAAUCUAAUUCCAGUAGUGGAGUUCUGUAUUCAUUGCCUUAGCGUUCUAUCCCGGUGAAGACUAGUCGUCUGCUGGGUAGUUUGACUAAGAGGGCUUGGUCAGCUUAAGAGAUUCCAAGCUACUGUCGGAUCUUCCGCAGUAUAAUCAGCAGUAAAACAACCAAAAGUAAUUACAACUAUGACCUAACUAAGGAGAUAGGGGGACUCAUUCCCGAGUGACUCUUCCUUUGCUUUAGAAAACCGAACCAUUUCAUGCUUUCUUACUACUUUUACUUAAAUCAACAAUUACUUAACUUAGUUUGCUAGAUAACAGAUAUACAUGGAGUAGGCAGUAGAUCUAGACCCCGGGUUGACAAUUAGAGCUUGCCUAUUACUGCAUUUCCGGACUGGGAUUACACUUGGUCGUAGUUUGGUGUUGUGUUUUAGCGUGUCAAGUUUUUGGCGCCGUUGCCGGGGAGCCUCUAGGUUAUUGGGGAAACGUGAAAGUUCGUUACUCUAGCUUUUUCUUUACUGCAUUUUCUCUCUUCCACCUAUGUGCCUUCACGGGUUGCUUUUGCUGAUUGUGUGCAGGUAGUGCAUGACCCGUAGCCAGUCGGGAGAUUUACUACCAUUAGACCAGGAGCUUGAACGAACCUGUAGGAACUUCAAGCGGGCUCUAAUGGAGAGACUGGCUGCGGAGGAGGCUCUAACCCAGCUGCAAUAGAGCCGCGGACAUGAGGUCGCCCAUUCAGCACCCUCAUGUCCCAGCCAACAACUUUGAGGUGAGCACCUCGGUCAUCACUAUGUUGCGCGGCUCGGUAGUAUUCCGUGGCAAAGAGGGGGAGUGCCCGCGAUCACAUCUGAGGCGAUUCUACGAGCUCAUCGAUGGAAUCAAGAUAAAUGGGGUCCCAGCCGAUGCAAUCCAGCUGAGGUACUUUCCAUUUACUCUGGAGAGGCAAGCCAAGAAGUGACUGGACACUCGACCUCCAGGCUCGAUCACCACGUUCGCCAACCUGACGGACAAGUUCCUCACCCGCUAUCAUCCUCCAUCAAAAACGGCGGACUUGCAGAAGCAGAUCACCCACUUUGCCCAGGAUGAAGAUGAGACCAUCCGGGACGCAUGGGAGAGAUAAACUAGUCUCUUCCUGAGGUGUCCUAGUCAUUAUUUCAAUGAUGCUUUUAAGGUGGGCACCUUCUCCAAUGUCACCUCAACUGGGAUAACUAACUAUGGGUACGUACUACCUCCUUUAAACGGAUUUUAUUCGUCCGCACACAAGUCGAGCAAGCUGAUGUUCAUGCAUGUUACCCCACAAACAUUAACUAGAUGGACAUCUAAUAAGCAGGGGUACGGUUG